GUCAGUGUUGUGUCGUCUGCUGUGUGAGAUUGUUGUUGUUGCUGCGGCUGCUGCUGCCCUGCUCGCUGAGCUUUUUUCUGAAGAACUGUUGAAGAUUUGGUGGAGACUUCCCAUUUUCUUUGUUAACCUGUUACCAUGGCCCCUGUUGUCGAAGUUUGGGGUGAUCUCUUUGCCAUGCCCACGGCUUCAGCUCAUGCUGUGAGUGUCGAUCUUCUAAUGGGACCAGGGGUUGCAGUCGGCUUCAAGGAAGAUAAUAAGCCUCUGCAGGGCAAGAGAGUCGGCGAGGUGGCCUACCUCAAGCACAACACCAGCUACAUCUUCUACCUCAUCACCAAGGAGCGCUACUCAGACAAGAGGAUCUCUCUGGACACCGUCCUCAGCUGCCUUGUCAAUCUCAAGAUGCUGUGCAUUUCUCUUGGUGUACGAGAAGUUUCAAUGCCCCGGGUGUGCUGUGGGACUGACCUGCUGAAGUAUGAAGAUGUACUGCCGCUGAUCCGUACUGCUUUCUGCGACUGCAUUGUAAAAGUCAACAUUGUGACUCCACCUCCAACUUUCAAUGGAAUGUCAGUGCUUGGCGACAGUCAGGGACUUCGCCUGCUUCUCAACCGAGGAAAACUUCCUGCUGGCUUCAAGACAAAACCAUUUCCCCGGUCUGCUGGUUUCUCUGUGUCUGGACUCACAGUAAAUGGCCUACUGAAAGCUUUGGAUAAGGUUCCGAACAACUCUCUUGGUGAUGCCCUCGUCUUCAUUGGCACCAACGAUCUUCUUACUCUGGCAGCGAGGGAGUCUGGACAUGUAAGUUAAAACACUAAAAG